UCAAAAAAUUGAUCGACAUCCAGAAAAAAGAAUGAAGCUUGCAUUUCGCGAAUUUGAGGAAGCUCGGUUGCCUGAAUUACGCAAAGAAUUUCCAAAAAUGCGAUAUAAACAACAUUUGAAGAUGAUAAGAGACGAAUUUGAAAAAUCAGAUGUUAAUCCAAUGAAUAAGCCUCACAUGUCGUAUAAUGCUCCCGAUGAAAGGAAAGUUAAGGUUCUGGAGAAGAAAUUGGAAAAGUUGAGUCUGGAAACAGGGUGUGAGAAUCAUCAGGAAUGAGUCGCAUUGAUUUUGACUAACUUCCAAAUUUUCGGCAAUCGUAUUUGGUUCGUUUUUUAAUUUGGU